CUCAAUUUGGAUUUCAUCGCUUUGGACUCAACCAUGUUUCGCGCCGUCCAAUCUCGUUUGCAGAAGCUACCAACUCGUGCGCGUAUGCUGUCGACCGCAGGUCCAGACGGCACCGCGUAUGCCCGAUCUACGUCCGUGUUCCACUGGGUGGUGGCUGGCGUAUUUGGCGGCGUUGUAGGUACUGUGAAACUGGCCCAAAACACGACGGACAAGGUGGAGAAGCUCCGUCUGAUGAACCUCCAUAAGUCUCUCGCGGUGAUUGCCGCUGUGCUCGUUCCUGCGCGGAUUGGUACCCGACUGUUGACUCGAUCGCCGCAAGCGUUGGCUGGGCCAAAAUGGGAGCAACUCCUUGGCUCUGCGUCCCACCUUGGGCUUUAUGGGCUCAUGAUUGGGUUGCCAAGUUCGGGCAUUGCAAUGGGCUACUACAGCGGGUUCGGGAUUCCUUUCUUUGGCUCAAGAAUCCCUGGAGCUGAAAAGCCCGACAAAUCCAUCUCUGGCCCCGCCUACAGUGCGCACAAGACGAUGGGUCAAGCCCUCGUGUACUUCGUUCCAUUGCACGUUGGGGCAGCGUUCUUCCACCACUUUCGAGGCGCUCAGAUCUUUCAGCGCAUCAACCCUUUCAAGGCGUCAAAGUAAGCACUCCUAGCGCAGAUAACUUUCAAAAGUCAGCUUGGUGCUAGAAAAUUAUGGUAACGUGAUCGACCAGUGAUGGGCCUA